AUGUCCGGAGGAGUCGUAGGUGCACAAGCAGGCACUCUGACCUUUAUGCUUGGUGCGCAUAGUAAACACGGCGGAUUAAUUAAAUUCCGGAUACGGCCGCUGCUGGAGAGAAUGGGCACCAAAGUACUUCACCUAGGAGGCCAAGGCGCUGGCCUCGCCGGAAAAUUGACGAACAACUACCUCCUUGCCGUGUCCAAUAUUGCCACUGCGGAAGCCAUGAAUCUCGGGCAGCGCUGCGGUUUAGACCCGAAGACCCUUGCAGAACUCAUCAACGGUGCAAGUGGACGGUGUUGGAGCAGCGAAAUCAACAAUCCCGUAGCGGGUAUAAGUCCUGGGGCCCCUGCUGAAAAGGGAUAUGAUGGUGGCUUUGCGAUUGAGCUCAUGAAGAAAGACUUAGGCUUGGCGAUCGAGGAGUCUAACAGGGUCAAGGCUAGGACACAGCUGGGUACGCCGAGCAUGGGCGUAUAUGACCAAGUUGCUGCCAUGGAACCAGGGAAGGAUUUCAGCGUUGUUUACAAGUGGUUGGACAGUCAAAGUCCUUGA